AAUUUUUUAUAAUUAUUUUUUCAUUAGUUCAUGCACGUUUAUUUUAGUGUUAAGGCAAAUAAUUUUUAAUAUCACAAAUCUUUCUGUAAAAUCUACGAUGGAAUUUCUUGAGGAUGAAGAUACGAAGGCAUUUUUUGCGAAGCUUGAAGAAAGUCCUGAAAAGGAGGAAAUUGAUAAUUCCUUAAAUGAUGAUAAUUUAUCAAAUGAUACUGCCGAAUUUUUUGAUCAAUUGGAGUUGGUUGAACAUGAUAACAAAAAUGUUGAAGAAGGUGAAGGUUAGA